CGGGGUUUAGGGCAACAACCGUAGAGCUCAUAGCUGCGGCCUGCAGGCUGUGAACACUCUCUUUAUGGUUCAGGCUUUUUUAAUCCAAGGAGGGCAUCUCCUUUUUUUUCGCAUCUUACUUCCGUUUUUGCUGUCUCCUCACAAACGGCUCAUCUUUUCAUAAAACCUAUACAAUCUUCAAGUGUCACCUCCAAGAUGGCUAUGGUAAAGAGUGGUUGGCUCCAUCGACAAAGUACCAUACUGCGCCGGUGGAAAAAAAACUGGUUUGACUUGUGGGCUGAUGGACGACUUGUGUUUUAUAAUGAUCAACAACGGUGUGACAUGGAGGAUGACAUCCACAUGAGGGUGGACUGCAUUAACAUCCGCAACUCUGCCGCUUGUCAAGAGCUGAACCCACCGGAGGGGAGGAUGCGUGAUGCCUUGCUGCAGAUAGUGUGCAGAGAUGGACGGGUCAUCAGCCUGUGUGCAGACAGUGCAGAUGAUGCUCUGGCAUGGACCAUGGCACUUCAGGAUGCCAGAAUCAAUGCAGUGGUAGCUACCCCUCAAAUCGGCUAUGCACAGGAAGUGAUGGCAACUGCUCCUCCCCCCUACUCAGAAUAUGCUCCCCCACCACAGCAGGGUUAUGCCCCGGGUCCAUAUGGAGACUAUGUUGCACCUCCACCACAUGCUACACAGAUCGUAUACUCUCCGGAUGGGCAGCCCUACGCUGUAGCUUAUCCCUAUCAGUACCAAGGUGGAUAUCCCGCUCCUGGAGUGAACCACGUUGUUAUUCGGGAACGCCAGCGCGAAGACGGAGGAGAUGUGGCUUUCGGUAUGCUGGCUGGAGCAGCGACUGGUUUAGCUCUGGGCUCUCUCUUCUCUGUCUUUUAGUGUGGUGAUUAAUGUACAUUUACUAGCACACACCCCCUGUAUUAGCAGCAUUUGGCUUCUUCUCUGUGCCAUCACAUGAGUCGGAAGAAAAUGUGUCUGUUGGGCUACUUUCAUCUAUGAAGCAUGAUUGCGAUGGGCAGAGAAACACUCCCAAUGUGUUCUAUAUAUAUCUACACACAGUAAACACUGUUAGCACUUUGUGGCAAUUUCCCAACCCGUUUGUGUUGUCUGGAUAUGAUUUUUCUUAACCAAAAAUACAACAUUUACUCACUUUUUUAAGGGUUAUUUCAAUGAAAAGCAAGACGCUACUCCUUUUACUGUAAGUAUUGCACAGAUCAGGUCCUCGCUAUUUUCAAGUUUUGUUUGUUUCAUGGAGCACAAUAUGUUUUUUUUUAAUAUUUGCAGAAUUAUCCUAAAAGCCAUCAAUUGUUUUAUUUAAGUUGUUCUUGUCUUACUUUUGCCUUUGUGUACUCUACCUUUUCUUUGUUUUACACUUGAUAUUUGGCUAUUUUGGGUUGUGAGUAUGCAGUGUUUCUCAGGUUAUUUGUGGUGGAGGCACUCGAGAUGAGAGUUGUGCAAAACAGGACCGCACACACAAAAAGCAAUAAUCAUUUACAUUGUAGCAUUUUGAGGUACGUGUUAGGAGGAAUCUUGCUGGGAUGAAUGUCUGAUGUUGCCACCACCACAAAUAAGUCUUUGUACGAGGGAAACACUUGCAUUUACACGAUGUGCUUUGAUGUGAAAAGGGACGUCACUCCUCCGAACUCAUAUUUGCAAGCAUUAUUUAUUUUUCGUUUUUCAUUGGCAGCUCUUGAACCAUGCCUUUCAAUUUGUGUUUGAACAUAUAGUUUGGUUUUUAUUUCAGUAAGCUUGGUGUGAUAUGCACAAAUACCAAUCGGUAUCUUGAGAUUCUCCAAUUAAAUAUGUUACUUAAGA